AAAAUACCAUAUUUGAGCGGUUCCAUAUCAUUUCAGCAACGAGUAAUUUUCAUAUAUCUUUAUUUGGAUGAAACCUUGCAUACAAGUCUUUGGGGGAGAAAAACGCCGUUUUGCAUACUUGGUUCGCCAUUUUGAAUCUAGCCUUACUUAUGAGAAGGGCCUAUGAAAAAUGCACAUGAUAUCUUCAAAAAAUUGUAUCUCGAAAACGGUUUGUUCGAUCGGUUUGAUGUCUUCGGCGAAGUUUUAGACAAUUGUUGGUGCUAUAUGGAGAAAAUAUGCACGGUAAAAAAAUAUGUUUGGUUUUUGUGAUUUCAACUAAAAUAUAGAUUUUCCCUCAAAAGUGACAUGUCAAUAUUUUUUUUAUUAUCCUUAUGUUAUAGCUGACUGAAAGUGCUACCUAGUGCACAGUGGGUUGUUCUGGAGAAAAAUAGGUUACAAUGAAAAAAAAAUGUUUUAAAAAAUUACGGUUUUCAAAAGAAGCUAUUAAGUAAAGUCAAAAAAGUUUGUCGCCCUAAUUUUAUGAAAGUACAUCAAAUUUGCAAGAAAAAAGUAUUUCGGGAACAUUUUUCUAAGAUGCACCGUUUAGAAGAUAUUACUGAUUUAAUAUUGAUUUUUUUGAUAACUUAAUAAGUUUUAGCCCGUUUCGGAUGUACUCCGUGUUUCUCCAGUUUCAAAAGUAUUUUUUUCGGAAAGAUUGGAAAAUUUUGAGUUAAAAUGACACUGACAGCUUAAAGAUUUGAGUGAAAUUCUCUGCCUUAAAAGUAUUUUGAAAAACAAGUUACAAAAUCCCACUAUCAAGAACAAUGAUUUCUUCCAGUGGUUUUUAUUGCCUUCUGCUGAAAACGUGCUAAUAAGUAUUAGAUACAGGUAAUUAGACACCAGUUAGCUGUACUACGUACAGUUGGUGAUUGUAAACAUGGUCUUUGUUGGAACUAGUCCACCAUGGCCACGCUGGCCCAGGCUUGUAAACAUUCGACACUUUUCACUGCCUUCGUUUCGUUGUCGCGGUCGGGUGUCAGCUUGCUUUAUUUCAUUCGAACGCGACCGCUACCUCUUACACACAACACAAGCGGCAGAACAAAGAUCAAUAAACAAAAAAGUGGAUCAAAUCAACGUAGUCUGACACGAUGACAUUAGUAUAAUUCCAGCUUUUCGCAAGAUUUCAGCCAAUUUUGAUUAAAAUUGGUAUAAUAUUAGUAUAAUAUUAGUCACCUUCCAUCAAACUAGACGGCUGCCGACUGAUACCUCAAUCAACAACCGCCGCACUCUUUAUUCAUUCCAGGUAUAUACAAUUUACAAUCUUCUUCAAUAACAAUAUACCUACGCCAGCAAAUCUACCUCGCUCCAACUCUCCAAACUCGUACCUGACGAUACCUGAGCGUUCAACUCUACAUAUCUUCCAGCAGUCUUUACCCAGCAUUCUAUGAUUUAUACCCGUGAUCUGUAUAAUAAUGUCUGACUCGGUUCUGAAUUCAUCCAGUAUCUACUAGGGAAAACCAAACAGUAAAUGCAGAAAGGUUGCUAGAAGCAUAGUGAUUUCAUAGUAAUUUCAGCUAAUAAUCCAGUGUUUUUGAACUAGAUCCAGUGUUGUUUGAUAACAUAAUAAUUGUAAAGGAAAGUGUAACACGUUUUGGUGCAAAGAUUACAAAAUGAGUAAAAUCAGAUGUAUUCGUCCAUUCAAAGACAUUCAGUGUUCGAAAGAGCUGCGAUAUCUCACGGAUGGUAUCAUCCAAAAACUAAAGUCAAUUGGAUUUUCCAAGGUAUCCACACUGAACACCAAGGAUUUUCGUAUUUGUUCGUCUUGCCGUCUACAUAUUGAUUCAAGAGCUCACCUCACCCAAAACGAAGAACAAAGCGUAGCCGGUGGCUCAAGGAUGCCAACUGUUCAGACCAUACCUGUUGUACCUGAUUCGCAAAGCUAUGAAAGUUUGGUCACGAUACCAUCAGCGUCAACGCUAAGCACAAUUCAAUCAAAUGAAGACUUCACGAUGCCUGUAGACGUCGAAAUAUUCAACCGAGGAAUAGCAGCUAUUCGUGUUUCGCCUAUAGAUUUAGGUAAGGUUAAAAAUGUUCACUAUCCUGAAAAAAAAGUGCGCUGAAAUCGUCGAAGGUGUACGAAGAAAUCUUUUUAAAUUAGACGCUAAAACAGAAAAAGCAAACGAGUUUAAUGAAGUCAUAGAAAAUAUGAAAAUUAAAUUUUUAAAUUCAGCCACAAGGCAAGAAAAACUAUCAAUUUUAUCAUUGUUACCAAAAUCAUGGUCAGUACAAAAAAUUGUAGACGAAUUUAAAACUAGUAGAAAUAUGGCAUCAGAUGCAAGAAAGGAAAAAAAUAAUUUAUUAGAUUCAUCUCAAGGUUCAAGCUCUGGAAAAGCUUUGAGUAAUGAAACAAAAGAACUGGUUUUGAAUUUUUUUGAGGACGAUGAUAUAAGCCGUGCAAUGCCAGGCCAAAGAGAUUUUGUUAGCGUAAAGACAGGAAAUAAGAGAUUAGCUGUUCAGAAAAGAUUGUUAAUGAUGACAUUAAGAGAAGCUUUUAAUCGCUUUAAUGAAGUGUACGUCAAUGUAAAAAUAGGGUUUUCAUCAUUUGCAAGCCUCCGGCCAAGGCAAUGUAAACUAUUGACUAUCACAGGAACACAUAAUGUUUGCGUUUGCACUACGCAUGAAAAUGUCAAUUUAAUUCUACAUAGCUUAAAAAAAUACAAUGUCUUGAAUGAUCUAAAAACAUUAACGAAUAGAUUAUUUUGCGAAAAUAAGACAACUCAUUGCCAUCUACGAAGAUGUAAAAACUGCCCAGAUACCUCAGUUUUAGAAGACAGUUUAUUGAAACAACUGGAAGAAAACUUUGUUGAAAAGCUUUCAUUCGAACAAUGGGUUACCACUGACAGAUGUGAUUUAGAAACUAUUGUAAAGCAAACCGAUGACUUUGUUACAUUUUUCAGCUCAAAAUUAGAAAGUUUGAUUCCGCAUGAUUUUGUAAAAACCGAACAAUCCAAUUUUUUGAAAACUACAAAACAAAACUUGCAAGAUGAUGAAUUUUUGGCUAUUUGUGACUUUUCUGAAAAUUAAAGCUUCGUUUUGCAGGAUGAAGUUCAAUCACACCAUUGGAACGUGCAACAGGCCACAAUCCAUCCUUUCGUAAUAUAUUAUACUGAAAAUGAGCAAAUUAAACAUUUUAGCUUCAUUAUAAUUUCAGAAGAACUAAGACAUGAUUCAGUCGCUGUUAAUUUGUUUAUUGAUAAAAUGAUGAACUUUUUACAAAUUGAUCAAAACAAAAACAUGAAAAAAAAAUUAUUUUAUGUCAGAUGGUGCUGCUUCACAGUAUAAAAACCGAAAAAACUUUUCUAGCCUUUGUAAGUUUAAGUCAAAGUAUGGUAUUGACGCUGAAUGGCAUUUCUUCGCAACAUCGCACGGAAAAGGUCCAUGCGAUGCUAUUGGAGGUACGAUAAAACGCAUGGCUACCAGAGCAAGUUUAGCCAAAGAACGCGAACACCCGAUAAAGACUGCAAGAGAGUUGUUUAAUUGGGCAAACAAACGAAAAGAAGAAGAACUUAUAAAGUUGUCAUUUUGUUAUUCUACUACAGAAGAAUACGAAAAUAUGUCUUUGCAGCUAAAUAAUCAAUAUAAUAAUGCAAAAACAAUUCAAGGAACUCAAAAAUUCCACUCAUUUCUUCCUCUAUCAGAAAAUACAAUAAAGGCAAAGCUUUAUUCAAACUGCCCUGACAAUGAUGCCAAAAUAUUCGAUAUUGUUAAGAAAGUUGUGUAAACAAUAAUUUGAUAAAAAUACAGGAAUAAAAAUAAACUGAUGUACAAAGUAUAAUGUUAUUUUUUAUUGCGCACAAAUACCACCCCUGAAAAAUAAGCCUUAUUCGCUCUUUUGAAUCUUGCUAAUUGAGGAGCUUGCGAUAUGCAAGAGUUGAAUGCACAUUUUCAACACAAUACACCAAAACCACUGGAAGAAAUCAUUGUUCCUGAUAGUGGGAUUUUGUAACUUGUUUUUCAAAAUACUUUUAAGGCAGAGAAUUUCACUCAAAUCUUUAAGCUGUCAGUGUCAUUUUAACUCAAAAUUUUCCAAUCUUUCCGCAAAAAAUACUUUUGAAACUGGAGAAACACGGAGUACAUUCGAAAAGGGCUAAAACUUAUUAAGUUAUCAAAAAAAUCAAUAUUAAAUUAGUAAUAUCUUCUAAACGGUGCAUCUUAGAAAAAUGUUACCGAAAUACUUUUUUCUUGCAAAUUUGAUGUACUUUCAUAAAAUUAGGGCGACAAACUUUUUUGACUUUACUUAAUAGCUUUUUUUGAAAACCGUAUUUUUUUAAAACAUUUUUUUUUCAUUGUAACCUAUUUUUCUCCAGAACAACCCACUGUGCACUAGGUAGCAUUUUCAGUCAGCUAUAACAUAAGGAUAAUAAAAAAAAUAUUGACAUGUCACUUUUGAGGGAAAAACUAUAUUUUAGUUGAAAUCACAAAAACCAAACAUAUUUUUUGACCGUGCAUAUUUUCUACAUAUAGCUCCAACAAUUGUCUAAAACUUCGCCGAAGACACCAAACCGAUCGGACAAACCGUUUUCGAGAUACAAUUUUUUGAAGAUAUCAUGUGCAUUUUUCAUAGGCCCUUCUCAUAAGUAAGGCUAGAUUAAAAAUGGCGAACCAAGUAUGCAAAACGGCGUUUUUGUUCCCCAAAAACUUGUAUGCAAGCUUCCAUGCAAAUCAAAAAAUACAAAAAAUAAAAACUGGAAAAAUUUCCCACUUGUUCGUGGAAUCGCUCAAAUGUUGUUUUAUAACUCAUUGUAUUAUAAUUUAGUUUUAAGUCUUCGACAUUUGAAAUGUUAUAUUACAAAAUUGUAUCAAAUUUUGAUAGAAACUAGUAAUCCUGAGGCUGAAAUUCAUAUCUCAUUUUGUUAUAAUUUUGAUAUGAUUAUAACGAAAUAGGUUUUAAUGUUGAUUAGACCAGUAUAAUUCUUGUUACAAUUUUAGUUAUUUUAACAUCAUCCUGCAUCUAGUUUAUAACAUAAUUAGUUAUAGAAAAAUAUUAUGACAUCAUAACACAAUAUGAUAUAAACUUGAUAUAAUUUUCUAGUCGGGAAAACCU